AUGGGGCUUGAUAAGAAGAAAACCCACUGCGAUUGUCAUAAGUUUCUCCCCUCGAAUCCUCUGCUGGAAGCACCGGCGUAUUCCACUGAGUACAAGCACCUUCCUCCGGCGACUUCCUUUGAAUUUCAAGAAGACGACCAGCCUCCAAUAUCGCAUUCAGCCAUAAUCGAGGACGACAACUACCCCCAGGCACCGGGACUUGCGAGAUACGAAGACACAUCCACUUCAACUUCAGACCUCCCUCCUCCUUGUACUCGAGGCACGAUGGAGUCGGUGGCCCACAGAAUUUUGAUAAAAAAGCAAAUAGAUGAUGAACGCAGUAAGAGGACCAGGUCAUACGUGACUACUCUCUUACUGUCUCUCGCACUGGGAAUAUGCUUUAUCGGGUUGAUGGUGGUUUUGACUCUUUACGCAACAAAGGCUGGCGCUGCCUCCUCCGCCGCUAAUGGAAGCCCUGCCACUGUCACACUGACCCAGCAAGGCUUGGGCAUGACGACUGUGACAGAAGAAUCAAACCCCACGACGGUCCUGAGUAACGUGUUCUCGACAAAGACAAAGACAUUUUCGAGAGACAGCGCAGGUUACACCACUACUUUACUGAGUUUUGUGACUACAACCGUGCCUAGUCUCACGAUCACGGUCACGGUCACAGCAUCCGGCAGCAUAUCUUCGAAUUCCGCACCAUGCACAACUUCCAGCUUGAUUCGCGGCGCUGACCUGAUUGAGAGUUGUGAUUAUGAUUUAGUCGAUUCCAUCAUUUCCAUCCUGAUGGACGAGGACAUGACCAAGAAUCUUGCCAGCGAUAACAAAGGGUACCGGAAGGUGGCGCAAUUUUCAAUUUUCGAGUGCAAGGAUGACGGCUCGCUUGCCUACAACCAGUAUUGCCACAGGGGCAUUACCUGGCUUGGAUCACGUUACGAGUGUCUGUAG